AUGAUGAGACAGGCAACCAUGGAUUUCAGCACCCCAUCUGUGUUUGAUCAGCAAAGAGGUGACUCAUCUGAGGAAGUCGACCUGACCAUGGUUUAUCAGGCAGCAUCUAAUGGAGAUGUCAAUGCUCUGACCACGGUGAUUCGGGAAGACCCUUCCAUCCUAGAAUGCUGUGACAGUGAAGGAUGUACGCCCUUGAUGCAUGCGGUUUCUGGACGGCAAGUGGACACAGUGAAGCUGCUGCUGAAGAUGGGAGCCAAUAUCAACAUGCAGGACGCUUACGGCCGCACGAGUUUAUGCCUGGCCACCUACCUGGGUUGGCUCGAAGGCUGUGUGAGUCUACUCAGAAAUGGUGCCAAGCACAAUAUCCCAGAUAAAAAUGGCCGUCUGCCACUGCAUGCUGCCACUGCCGAGCCCGACGUGAGGCUCCUGACAGUCCUGUUGCAACAGUCGAGCCUCAGUGAGAUUAAUCACCAGGACAGUGAGGGAAUGACACCGCUCCACUGGGCGGCUUUCCACAACCAGCCUCAACACGCCCAGGUGCUGUUGAAGAAGGGAGCAGACCCCACCCUUGUGGAUAAAGACUGUAAAACGGCUCUCCACUGGGCAGUCCAGAGUGGAAAUAGAAUUCUGUGUUCCGUCAUUCUGAGCCAUCACCAGGGGCCGUCCAUAAUCAACCAUGACGAUGAGAGUGGGAAGACGUGUGUGCACAUCGCCGCAGCAGCGGGUUUCAGCGACAUCAUUAACGAACUGGCAAGAGUUCCCGAGUGUAACCUACAGGCUCUGGAUGUGGAUGACAGGUAUCCGGGGCAGCUCAGAAAGUGCUGGGAACUACCAGGUGUUGUGAGUUCUUGCACAUCACCUUUGACUUGAGAGGGCUUUGGGGCGUCUCUGAAGGAUCUCAGGCAACCUGAUUAAGCAGACAGAACAGGGGGGCAAUAUUUUGGUGAGUGAUGUUGUCUCCACUUCCUAUCCUCACACACCACCCUUGUUCUUUUACGUUCCCAUAGAGCACAGCCUGCUCGACCCCUUCCCUCCCAGAACAGUAGACCCCAGAAGAAGGAGGGACGGUUCAGUGUGCUCAACCAAAUCUUCUGCAAAAACAAGAAAGAAGAGCAAAGAUCCCAUCAGAAGGAUCACAGCUGGGACCAACACAGGGGGGACGACACCUCGGAAGUUGAUGACAUCAUCACCACCUUUGACAGCAUCAUGGGUACCAACUGCCAAGAACAGCCUGGUGACCAGGUGGCUAUGGUUGAAUUUAAGAAGAGGACCUCAGAGAAUUCAAAAUAUCUCUUGCCAGAAAAGAAACCUCUGGCCCGUAAGGGGCUUCCACCAAUCAGAACACAGAGUCUCCCACCCAUCACCCUGGGCAAUAAUUUCCUGACAGCCUCCCACGGGGCCACUUCCCACGCAGGCCUGAGCUCUGGUCCUCACCAUACCGCACAGAAAUCUCAGAAAAGCCGAAGUGAGCAGGAUUUAUUAAAUAACAGAACUGGCUGCCAGGUGUUGCUAGAGAACCCCUGGAGAAGUGAUCCUAAUCAGGUGUUCUCCUACAAAUCUUGGACUGUGUCUUCUUCUGAUAAGCUGCUAGACAGGUUGCUCACUGGCCGGCCUGGUCACCAGGAGGUCUUGGUGCCACCACAUCUUCCUCAUCUACAUAAUCCAUCAUCAGGACAAAAUUUUCAUCAUCUCUCCCCAAACAGACCCAAAAUCAGGGAUCUUCCUUUCACUCGGAACAACCUAGCUCCCCUACCAGACCAAAAAUUUCUCUCUGGAGAACCUCUACGGACAAACAGAGUGCUUCCUGCUAUUCCAAGCCAGCGGGGACACAGCACACCUGCUGACAAGAGUGAGCACUCCGGCAGCCCCACCAAGGGUGAAAAGUGACUGUGGCCACUAACCGCAAGAAAUAGAGAUUAUAUAUAUUUUCAGCUCUCAAGGGAUGAGAUGACUCUAGUUCGUAAGAACAAAGACUUUAGUAAGCUGCAUUCUAUAAGCCAUUCAGUUUUAUAACUCAAAAUUCUUUAUUUCCAAUAAUGGUACUUCCUAAAUAAGCCCUUAGAAUCUUUGAGUGUGCAUAUAUUGUAAGUCUGUGACUUUCUGUGACCUGUACAUGCCAAAAUUAAAAGACAAAAUAUGUUAGCAGGGAAAUUUAGCUGUGUUUGGUUUGCUCUGUGGUGUUUUUGCUGCUUUUUGUUGUUGUUUGGUUGUUUUUUUGCUGAAUGAUUUUAUGUUUUGAAAAAAUAUGUAUGCUUUGCUGAAUAAAAAACAAAAAAGCACAUUUCUCAGACAUGUUCUUCACAUUUAUUGUAAUUCUACCUUGGACUAAUGAAACUUAAUUAACAUUAAAGUAAUAAUGCCUAUAAUCAGUCAC